AUGGACCCUCUUUCUAUUACUGCAAGUAUUCUAGCAAUAAUUACUGCAAGUGAAAAGACAGUCAAAGGACUGGCAAAGCUUCGAUCAUUCAAGCACGCGGUGACAGAAUUCUCAGCGCUGAUCAACGAAGUGUCCGAUCUGCGUUUGAUUCUCACCCAGGUGGGGUUGCUGGGAGCACAGCUAGAGCAAGACCUAAACGAAGGGCCCGUCAUCGCGCUGCGAAGUCUCUUGAGACGUGCUGAACAACAGGUCCAAGACCUGGAAGAAUACGUACAGUACGACCUCAGCAAACCUGAUGUCGAUGCGCCAGGAGGGGUCAAAGUCAAGAAGAAGAGCUGGGCUUUACAUCAGGAGAAGCUUUUGAAUAUCCAACAGGGCAUCAAAACUACUCGUCUCAAUCUCGGCACUGCGCUUGGAGUCGUUACUAGCUCUACGAUGAACCGGGUCGAGCUUCGUAUCCAACAAGUUGUGAGCUCUCAAGAAGCAGAUUCAAAGCUCUUACAACGCAUCUUCGAACAGAGUACUGCCAUAUCGCAGUCACUUCCCGGAGCCCAACCCGACUGGAACAUGCUGCAGCGACUACUAACGCAAGCCGGUGCCAUUCCGAAUCGCGCUUCUGACGGAGCAGACUCCACGACCAGCUUGUUUCCGAACAGCUCUACAAGUCGGCUGAUCGACCAUCGUGUCAGCCCUACAAGACACUACGAAGCACAGGUCGGGCACAUGGCUACCGUGCAGAUCAAAGCUCAAGCGCAGGUGUACCGUCGACGCUGCCGACCUUGGUGCAGCUGUUCAUGUCAUAAGAAGACGACGUUCCGGUACCCAAAGCUGGUGCGCAACGUGAUUGGAAAUCUGUUCGUAGGUUACACGGGCAUGCCCGGGCUGACGGCUUCGUGCAACGAAAUGGCAUGUCAGCAGCGCUCGGCUGCCUCUGUCGAAGUCACGUACUACUUCCCGUCAUGGCUUCUGUCCAGAAUGCUGUCCUUGACGCUUACAUUGACGGCAUUCGGCGGGCCGGAACUCAACUUACGCAUGCCGCGUAUGGUGAACUGGACUACGCCACUUUGGCGGCUGUCGACAGUCGGCGAGUCCGAUCAGAUCGGCAGGCUAUUCUCGACGGCGAAGGCAUCUCCCUACGACGUUAACGCGUAUGGCCAAUCCGCGCUGCACUACGCAGUGGGCUAUCGACACGUUGAAUUGUGUCAGUUCCUGAUUCGGAGCGGAGCUGAUAUGAACCUGCAAGACGAGAACGGAAAAAAACCCAUCGACAGCGCAUGGGACAUUGCACUGUCCAACACGGCGACGAACGUGGUGGUCGAAGCAUUUACACAAUUGUUUAGCGAUGGCGAAUACCUCGAAACGCGUCAGUUCACUCCAUUGCACAAGUCCAUCCUCGGUCUCUCUCGCACGGCAGUAAUCACAAUGCUGGACGAUUCGACCGCGCGAGUAAACAUAUCCGAUGCAAACGGCCGCACUCCACUAUCGUGGGCUGCGUCACGCGGAGACCAUCAAGCGCUGGAAGCCCUAUUGAACAGCGGCGCGGACACGAGAAUCGUAGAUAUGGAAGGCAGCACGCCGCUGAUCUACGCCGUAGAGUCCGGCGACGCGCAGUGCGUAUCGACGCUGAUAGCCCACGGGGCCGAUCUGGGCGCGACCAACGUCUUCGGCGCCACCGCGCUCCAGCUGGCGUGCAAGUCCAGCCGAGACACCGGGAUACUGGCGAUGCUCAUUGACCACCACAUCGACAUCAACGCCAUUGAUUUCGACGGCGACACGGCCCUGAACUCGGCAACGCGCCACUGCCACACUCACAACGCCCUGUUCCUGCUGCAAGCCGGCGCGGAUCCUGAUAUCGCCAAUGUCGCGGGCGAAACAGCAGUGCACAUGGCCAUCUACUACUUUGCGUACGAUAUACUCGCCGAGCUGGUGCGGCGGAAGGUGAACCUAGCGGUUAUCAAUUCGCGCGGCUGCACACUUCUGCACGCCCUUGCUAGCCACUAUGAUGCGAGGAUGCUUGGAAUUCUCGAGGCGGCGGAUCUUGGGCAUGUCGAUGUCGACAAGGUGGAUGUGGAUGGACGGACGUGCUGGGAUGAACUGGCAAGGCAGGGGGAUGGCGAUGUGGAGAAGAUGAAACGGGGGUUUGCGACUUUUCUGAACCGCAUACGCGGGAGAGUCUGA